AUGCUUGGUCUGGCAUGUGCAGUGCGGCCUACCUUUCCUCGAGGCAUUCGAAGAUUUGGUGUUGCACCGCAGUCCGUCUUCCGGAAGCUGAGCAGAAGAGCAAAGCUUCUGGGGGCUGAGCUCAAAGAUUGGAGCCAUGAGCGGGAACAACUGUUGCGCAUUUGGACCAAGAAACAUCUCAAGACCUUGCAGUACUUGAAGACUUUGCCGCCUGAUCGUUUGCUGGAGCUAUCUCGACUAAAGCUCGUGGCUGCCAAUCAGCAGUUUGACGACCGCUUCAAUGCAGCAUUCUUCAGGACUCUCGAUUUCGUACAGGAGAAAGUUGCAGAGAUACAACGCAAAGGCGUUGCGCCUCAGCGUGCGGAGAUGUGGCACCACAGCUCUUUCCGUUUGAAGCUUCUCAAGUUGAUGGAUUUUUUGGGCCUCAAAGCACUGCAGCGUUGGACGAGCACGGAAGGAGAGACUGUGCCGGAAUUGGAAGUGCAGUCCAUGGCUUCUAUGGCUACAGCUUUGGCUUUUGCAUCUGGGCAGUUCUUCGCAGUCUGCGCACCUCCUCAACUCAAGAAGAGGAAGAGUGAACUCUUCCCCUGGCUGCAUCACGAACUUCAUGUGAUGAGACAGAUUCGUGCAGGCAAUCUUCAGUACAUUGGCCGUGUUGGAGACAAAGACUGGGAACAAGCCCAUGAUGCAGAUCUAGAUCAUUCUCCUGAGACUUUGUUUGACUUGGCAAUGAGUGCCUUGGCAGCCCACCCCAGAGUUCAUGAGUGGCUUGGCACACGUGUCCGACCAAUGGCAGAGCCAGAGCAUGUGCUCUACCGUUUGCACGAAGGUGUGACUGAGACCUUUCUGGCUUGGCAAGUGAAGGGAGAGCUGGGCGAAGCUGAAGUGCAAGUCAAGUCCACAGGCUCCAUCGUGGACUUCAUUUAUGUUUUUUCCUGA